UCUCUAUUUUCUUCCUUCCACUUUUGCUUGAAACAAAGUGAAGAAUAAAAAAGAACCAAACUUUUUCCCUUCCAUCAUUCGUUACUUUCUUCUUCUUUCUUCUCUUGAAUCUCUCAUCACUUUCUGGGGCUUGUCACAAAUUUGGAGAAAUGGGAUUGGCUACAGUAGAAGCUCAGUUUCAUGUUUUAGCUGUUGAUGACAGCUUGAUUGAUAGGAAGCUUAUAGAGAUGCUGCUGAAGAAGACUUCUUACCAAGUUACUACAGUUGAUUCUGGUAGCAAAGCUCUGGAAUUUCUUGGUUGGAAUGUUGAAAACUCUAAUGAAUCUUUUUUCUCUCCCAAAACUAAUCAGGAGGCGGAAGUAAAUCUUAUUAUUACAGACUAUUGUAUGCCUGGAAUGACAGGCUAUGAUUUGCUCAAGAAAAUUAAGGAAUCAGCAGUUCUAAGGGAUAUACCGGUGGUAAUAAUGUCCUCUGAGAAUGUCCCCUCAAGGAUCAAUAGAUGCCUAGAGGAAGGGGCAGAUGAGUUUUUUCUAAAGCCAGUGAGAUUAGCAGAUGUAAACAAGCUUAAGCCCCACAUUAUGAAAACCAAGACCAAGGAAAGUCAAAAGCCUGAAAACCAGGAUGAUAAUGAUGAAGAAAAUCAAGAAAGUGAAGAGAAUGAUAAUAGUAGUAGUAGUAGUAAUAAACAAGUAGAAGAAACACAAGACCAAUUACAAUCAGAAUCUCCAUCACAGCAACAGCAAACAGCAUCAUCCAACAACAAUAACAGUAAAAGGAAGUCUAUGGAUGAAGGGGUUUCACCAGACAGAACAAGGCCCAGAUACAAUAAUGGCCUCACUGUUAUGUCCAACAUAAUUUUUUUUUCUUUUGUCAUACUAAUAUUUUUUUGGUGAGAAUAUAUACUUGCACUUCUUGUA